AUGUAUGCAUCGCAUAUUCUGUUCACCUCUAUCUGCGUGGCAUAUGUUGUUUUGAUUCGUCGUCUACGCUUUCGGCGUGCCGCUCACCAUGCCCGGCUCGUUGCGGAUUCAUCCAAUUUGGACAAUGAGGAGAUGCCUCUUCCUGUUGCCCAGGAAAUCUAUGAUUCGUUGAUGCACGCGGAAUUCCCGUUUUGGAUCUGGAAAGGAAUCGAGAUGGGCCUCUUUCGCACUUACGCGAUCCCGACCAUCUCGGCACAGUUAGCCAAAACUUCACGUCUACUCCCCCCAAAGCUCCCGCGCCGCUAUGUCGAGACGCAAGUGCUGUUUCUUGAAUUUACCCUGAGGAAAUGGGGAACAGUGCCUUGGUUACAAGCAAUGGCACGGACGAGAGCCAUCCACGCUGGGUAUCGAGAAUCAGGCGCCGUCAGAGAGGAAGAUAUGCUGUACACACUAGCUGCUCUCGCCACAACACCAGUCUUGUUGGUCGAGAAGUUGGAGUGGCGUUCUCUUAGUGAUGUCGAACUCGCAGCCAUCGGCACUCUGUACCGGGCAAUCGCGGACGCACUUGAAAUUGAUUACUCUUUGUAUCUUGCGUCUUGGACUCCGGGUGAACAACGCACUAGCAUUGUCGGGCUCGAUUUCUACCACGCUCUACACCGCUGGCAGGUCAGACACGAAAUACGCCACAUGGUGUACAUGCCCCAAAACGAGCUCCUCUGCGAAGCGGCCGUUGAUAUGCUUCUUUGGGCCAUCCCUGGGAAGCCGCUGAAGCGGUUCGUCACUACGGCGUUGACCUCCGUCAUGGAUGACUUGCUACGUGAGGCCGUGGGAUUCCCACCCACCCCAUUUUGGAUUGCGCACACAACGUAUGCCGUGCUCGACAUACGGAAGUUUUGUCUGCGGUAUCUGUGUCCUCCUCGGCCCGAUUUUCUCAAGAUUCAAUGGUGCGAUUCAGACCCGUCAUCAAUUCAGUGCGCUUUUGCGGUCGACAAAUCAUUUUGCCGACAUGGUCGUCCGGAUAAGGAGUUCGCAGGAUCCUGCCGAACCGACCCACCUAGAACAGGCAUGACAACAUAUGUGGCAGCCCCUUUUUUCGUGAAACCGACGUUCCGGAAUCGCUGGUUAAGCCCGAAAGCAUGGUGGUGGUGGGCGUUGCGUCUGCCGAUUCCAGGUGAUAAGCCAGUAGUACACAAGGCAGGAGGAUACACUAUCCCUGAUUUGGGUCCAAGGGGUCUUGGAUGCAUGGACGCUGCUCAAGAGAAAGAGGAGGCGAAAGUUGAGACAGUGGGACUUGCUAAAGGGUGGUGGUGA